UCCUCCUGAGUGUCCCUUGCACUGGGGGAGAUGAUGUGAGGUGAAGGUGGUGGUGUGGAUCUGGGGGAUGCUGGGAGGUGGAUUAUCGGGGGCUGCUGUCACCCUGACACUCUCCAAUGCCAAGGACACCUUCCUGCGCCUUUCCCCCGAGCUCAGGGCACAGCUACGCCUGGAGCAGGGUCAUGCAGUGGAGGUAUCAUGGGGCGAUCAGCCAGUUUACCUUGGAUGGAUGGAGAGUCGGAGCAGAGCAAACUCUGGGACAAUCGAGCUGAACAGACAGCUGGGAGAGAAGCUUGGACUUGCGGAAGGACAGCAGGUGUUCCUUAAGCAAUGUUGUAAUGUCACAUCGUGUAAAGAAGUCACAGUUGAACCCAUGACUGCAGAUGACUGGGAAAUACUGGAACUGCAUGCAUCUGCCCUGGAAACGAGCCUUCUUGAUCAAAUUCGUAUUGUUUAUCCCAAAGCUAUAUUCCCAGUGUGGGUUGACCAGCACACAUGUGUUUACAUCCAAAUAGGAUCAUUGACGCCCGCUGCAAGUUACGGCAGACUGGAACCUCUGACGGAGUUAAUAGUGUCUCCAAAAUCCAGAGACUCUGAAGACCGUUUAUCCCAUUUGUCACAAUUAAGAACUGAUGAUUUUUUUAAGGGACCUAAUCUUAUACCCCAGGAAUCUGCACCUUAUGAGUCGACGAGUAGCAGGGAUUCCUCUGCAUCCGAGAGAGGAAAUGAGCCUGCUGUAAUAGAGAAUCCUGCCAGUUUGCCUUAUGUUUCAGCUUUAUGGGACACACUGGGAAAUCUGUAUUCACAUGCUCUGGGAAGGGGCCCCUUGCAAGAUUCAGGUGGCACUGACAAGGACUUAUUUGAAAGAACGUUGCUGAAAAAGAUUCAGUUAGAUGGAAUUUUUCGGGUGUCUCGCCAUGUCCCUCAAAUUAUAAGAAGCAGCGAGGCUUUCAUGCAGCAUUCAAAUUAUAAUACCGUUCAGGUCUUUUUAUGGUACCCAGAGCCCUCUGGUGUAACUGCUGAUGUGGUAGUAUCAUACGGGAGAAUGGUAGAGAUCCCAUCACCAAAGAGGCGUAAAAAACAAAAUAAAUCAAACAGAGAGAGAUCAGAGGGGAAAACUGAGCCAGAGGAAGCAUUCGAUAGGUGGCCGGAGGCGGUGGUAAAGAUUGUGUGGCAUGGCUUUGACGAUAUCAAAGAUGUCAUUGAAUAUGAUACCAGAAACGGAAAUACGCAUACUGCAAAAGUGUGGGUUCCAGAGAGAAUUAGAAAGAAUUUGAAUAUCAAUACAUCAUCAGCUGUGAAAAUACAGUCUCUGGAAUCACAGCCCAAGGUCCCAUCAUCUCUUACCCUGCAACCAAAGCAGCCUCUGGAAAAAAACAUAACAACAGAAAAUAUAAGAUCUGCAUUGAAAACAUGGCUUCAAUCAUCUGGUUCCUCAUCAUUACCAUGGCUAUCAGGAAGAACAGGCAAUGUACAGCUCUCCAUCAAUGAAGAUGUGUUGGAAUUCUCAUACAGUUUGGAUGAUUCGAUUGACGAAGCAAGCCAGGAUCAAGUCUACAUCAUGUACCCAACCCAGCUACAGAAAACUAAAAUUCAUGUUGAUAUGGAGUCUAAGCCAUCUGAGGAUCCCCCAAAAACUUCACAAGCUGACCAAAGCCUCCCAUAUCUGAAGAUGAAUAAACUAGGAGGUGUCGAUGACUUGCUCUUAUCCUGCUAUGAUCAUAUUAUUCAUUGUUUAAUGGGACGUCCAUUAUCAAGACAACUAGUCUCCACAUCUUCAGGACUCCGGAGCGGAGCCAUCCUACUUUCUGGACCAAAGGGCUGUGGAAAGUCCACCAUAGCAAGGGCAUUGUGUAAAGAAGCAUCUGAUAUCCUGGAAGCUCAUGUGGAGGAAAUAGACUGCAAGUUAUUAAAAGGAAAGACACUGGAGAGCAUAUGUCAGAAUGUGGAGGAAGCUUUCGCUGAGGCAGCAUGGAGGCAACCGGCCAUUGUACUGCUGGAUAAUCUGGAUAAAAUUGCCGGUGUUCCAUUAUCACCGGAAUUGGAGCAUAGCCCUGAAGCCGCCCAGAGCAAGCAGUUUUCUUACGUUCUGAAAGAUCUGAUGAAGGAAAUAAUUACCUUGGACACCCAAAUUGCUGUUAUAGCAACCAGCCAGACAGAGCGCUCCCUAAAUCCUGUCCUGGUUUCUACACAAGGAAUCCACCUCUUCCAGUGCCUUAAAACCGUCCAGCCUCCAGCUCAGAAAGAAAGAGUUGAACUGAUGCGUAGCGUUAUAGAACACCGACUUUCCUGUGAAAUCACUCGCUUCCAAGAUCUUGAUCUGAAUCACCUUGCUAAAGAAACAGAAGGAUUUGCUGCAAAAGAUUUUACCAUGGUUGUGGAAAGAGCUGUAGAAUUUAGUUUUGCCGCCAGAAAGAUACACAACAAACAAGACUUGCUUUUGACAACUUCAGACUUCCAGAAAGCUCUUAAAGGUUUCACUCCCAUGUCCCUGAAGAAGGCAAACUUACAUAAACCGAAAGAACAAGGUUGGACUAUGGUGGGAGGAUUGCAUGACAUUAGACAGACUCUCAUGGACACAAUUGAGUUACCAGCAAAGUAUCCAGAGAUAUUCGCCGCCCUCCCUAUACGCCACAGAUCUGGGAUUUUGCUGUACGGCGCUCCAGGCACUGGGAAGACUUUGCUAGCUGGAAUUGUAGCUUAUGAAAGUGGGAUGAACUUCAUCAGCAUCAAGGGUCCGGAACUUCUCAGCAAAUAUAUUGGAGCAAGUGAGCAGGCAGUACGAGACGUCUUUACAAGAGCACAGGCUGCUAAGCCCUGUAUCCUUUUCUUUGAUGAGUUUGACUCUAUUGCACCUCGGCGGGGUCAUGACAACACCGGUGUCACUGAUAGAGUGGUCAACCAGAUGCUGACCCAGCUAGAUGGGGUGGAAGGAUUACACGGAGUGUAUGUACUGGCAGCUACAAGCCGCCCAGAUUUGAUUGAUCCUGCUCUACUCAGACCCGGACGCUUGGAUGAGUGUCUUUACUGUCCACCUCCAGACCAGGCUUCCCGAUAUGAAAUCCUAAAAUGCUUGAGCCACUCCAUGCUCUUAGACGAUGAUGUGGAUCUGCAGCACAUGGCCGGGGUGACAGAAAACUUCACCGGAGCUGACCUGAAAGCUUUGUUGUACAAUGCUCAGUUGGAAGCCAUCCAUGCAGGCCUUGGAACUAGCACAUCAGUGCAGGACAAUGGCUCUGGAUCUGAUAGUGAUGCAAGUUUAUCAUCAAUGAUAUUCCUGAACCACAGCAGCGUGUCUGAUGAAUCCGGAGAAGCAGACAGUGUCUUAGAUCAAUCCCUUACCUCUCUGGAAAUGAUCAAAAUCCCCCCAGAAGACCCCAAAUCCAGUAUAUGGCGUCUGUAUUUUGGGAGCUCCAAUGAUUCAGAUCUGGGAAACGGCAGCUCCGAUAAGACCUGCCACAGCUUGUCUGGAAGCAAUUCCUUAACUCAUGAUUUCACUGGCUUGUCUGUAGGAGAAUUAGUGCCUUUCCAACCAGUAGUGCUCAAAACCUCCUUACAAGAAGAUCAGCAGGAGCAAUGUCAGAGUCUAAACGCUGAGAUCUCUGUUCCCACCUACAUGAAUGUGCAGGAAACAUCUCACUGUCCCACCGAAUCAAACAAGAGACUACGCAUCAACCAACACCACCUUAUGACUGCGCUCGCCAGCACAAGACCAUCUAUAAGUGCAGAAGACAAGAGAUUUUUCAAUCAGCUCUAUGAAAACUUCCAGAAUCCGAAGAAAUCAGGUGGACAGCUCUCCAGAAGUAGCAAGAAAGUAACGCUGGCCUAAUACCGUCAAUGUUAGGAAUUUUCUGUAAAAGUAAUGUACAAUUAUUUGAGUUAUGUUCAUAACACAGAAUAAAUACAUUUAUUUUUCAAGUUUU